AUGAGAUAUGUUAGAGGACCUCAACAACCGGCAGUACCUGAGGAAAAGGAGUCGCAGAUACAUAUGGCUGAAGAGGUGCUUCCCGUAGCUCCAGAAGAGAGAAUCCGGGACCGUAGGGCACUGCACAAGACUAAGCGCCCGAAAUCACAAGACCUAGCUAGAGCGAACGAAGAGCUGUUAAAUGCUCUUAGAGAAGAAGCUGACAUCUGGCGCAUUAAUUGUGCUGUCUACGAGACAGCUUGCUCCUUGUCGCCCAGGGUGCCCAACAGGGACCCCUGCGUUGACAUGGCGCAACGCCGAGUGAAAAAAAUGGAAGCAAAAAUCCUCUCAGCAAGGCAGCAAGCAGGGCCGUCUCUCCCCCAAAGUGGAGACAACCAACAGGAGAAUGAUCCUUUCAAGAGGAGUACCUCAAUUUCGAGAACCCCUACUAAGGGCGAUAGGAGUACUGAACCCACAAAGAACAAUAAUAUCAGCCAGGAAAAGCUGCUUCAUGCGCGGUUCUUGGUGAUACAGAGAGUGGAUGGUUUGAAUUUUGAUAAAAUUAGUCCGUUUGGCAUUAAUAAGGCCUUCAACGGUUUAGUUGGAGAACUAAAACAAAUAAAGAAAACUAAACAAGGUUUACUUGUAGAGACCGUUUCAGCAGCUCAAUCUGGUAAGCUCCUAACUGUUAACAAGCUGUUAGAUUUACCCGUGUCUGUCUUGCGUCAUGAAUCCUUAAAUGUUUCUAAAGGUGUUGUUUAUAGUCGUGACUUACUUUGCUGUUCUGAGCAAGAAAUUCUGGAUGAACUGAAAUCGACUGGAGUUAUUGAUGUGAAAAGAAUUAAAACCAAAAUUAAUGGAGAACUACAGGACACUGCCUCGCAUAUUUUGACUUUUAAUAAUUCCAAACUCCCGAAGCAUAUAAAAGCAGGGUACUUAAAUAUACCAGUUAGGCAGUAUGUACCACCUCCAUUAAGAUCAAGAAAAAAAGUCGUAAUAAAUACUCCAAAGAACAUCAGUUAUGCUCAUGCAACAGCCGCCUUACCUGAAACAAAAGAAAACUUUAAUAUUAAAAACUUAAUAAAUGAAUUAAUACCUACAUUAAUAAAAGAACUCAAAUUAGUAUUUGUCUCUAAAACUGAAAUGAUUCCGUCAGAACGUUGUCGAAGAGAAUCGGCUUCUUCGAUUGCCUCUGAGGUACCGUAUGAAAAAAGAAAAAGACCACCUACAAAUACUGGAGAAUCGAGCGGAGGAGAAAGUUCUGCCUUUGAACCGGAAUUCUCCGACAACAAAAUUAAGAAACCUAAGGGGUCGCCAAAGGGGAGACCCAGGAAACCACCUAACAAUAAUGACUAG